UUUUCAUUGAAAUGCAAUUAAUAUAUUUCAUGAAUAACAAAAUGACGGUGAAAUGUCCUGGCUGGGACUACGUUCGUAAACUUGGUGAUGGUGGAUACUCAGAAGGAGUUUAUGAAAUUUUUAAUCAAGCAGAAGACCUAUCUGGAGCAAUGAAAGUGAGUGAAAGAAAUGAAAACUUGAAAGCAGAACUCGAAAUACUCACCAAACUUAAUAAUGGUUUCCCUCAUGAUAAUGGGUUCCCAAGGGUUAUAAAAUACGGUUCUUUGUCAGACACGAAAGAUUACCUGAUACUUAGCCUUCAUGGGAGCACGAUGGAGGAUUUAAAAGUGCUAAAAUUUGACGAAACCUGAAAAUUCUCGGAAAAUUUCACUUCUGUGUAUUCUGAUAAAGACUAUUUUGAUAUGAUCCUCACUAUGGGGCAGCAGGUCAUAAAAUCUCUGCAGAAGCUUCAUUCUUUAGGAUAUGUCCACGGUGAUAUUAAGCCUGGAAACAUCCUCAAUGACUCUAACAAAGAUGAACCCAGAUUCGUUCUGAUAGAUUAUGGGAUUUCAUGAGCAUAUCUUGAUGCUGAUGGGAUGCACAAAUAUAAAGAAUUCGUCCCAAAAUUUAGAGGAAGCAUUGAAUUUGCUGCUUUUGAGUGACUCCAGAAAUUUUCUCCUACUAGAAAGCACGAUAUGAUUUCUCUGGUUUACACUAUGCUAUACUUGCUGAAAGGGAAAGGCAGGCUUUGGGGUAAGCAGUGAGACACUGCUGAUGCCACCUCUGAGAGUGCAUACGACAGUCUACAGAGCUAUAUUAAUAGUAUAAUCAAGAUAAAGGCUUUCACCACUUUUGAUGAAAUUUGUGGAGGCUUUCAUAAUCUUGAAUAUUUUUAUAAUGAAAUCAUGAAUUUGGGAUAUGAGGAAGAGCCUCAAUAUGACUUAUUGGUGGAUAUGCUUGAUGAGCUGAAGUCUGGCUCUACUGGGGUUGGAAGAAAUAAGAGAGCUAUUUUUUUGAAUAAUAAAACCUUCGCAGAUUUAAAAAUAAACUAUUCCAGGAACAGAGGUAGAAUGGAUGCAUCAAAAGACAAUAAUACAGCAUGAACUCUAACUCGCAUUAAGCUAUUUGAUCAAGUUGAUUUCAAAAAGUACCUAAAAUCACACCCAUUUCACUUCCUUCGGUCCAAAACCCCCUCUCAUAUCACCUCUGCCAAAGUUUCAAUACCACUUCAACCAGAAGAAAGUUCCAUUACCUGACCUAACUCACUCCUCUUCGAGACUAAUAAAUCCCCUUCUUCACCCCUACCACCAGUCAGUCAAGAGCCCAGAAUCCAGCUUCCCUACUAGCUUCUUGAUAUCCCACAGGCCUUCUUAAAUCCUCGUUCUUUC